AUGAAGAGGUCCCAAGGAGAUUCAGUACAUAAAGAAACCCAAGUGGACCAGGAUCAUCUUAAAAUUGUCCAGUUUUACCGCGAAAAAAUGAAUCUACAGCCUCUUCACAGCGCUCUUAGAAGCUUUAAUGUACAGGAUGGCGCCAGAAUGUCUGGCGUUUAUGAAAUUUGCAGGAAUAAUGAGGUGAAAUUUUUAUUAUCAAGGAGUAAGAGUCUGCCAAAGAGACUGGGGCUGAGUUCACACCGUGCCGGAAAAAUUUUCUACCGCUCAAAUAUUCGUACGUUUAGGUGUUUCGUUCACACGGAACUCUAAGCUAACCGUACGAAAAUUUGAACGCCUACGCUUAUACGUUCAACAAUUGGAACGCUAAACUCGAGGUCAAAUUUUUAAUCGGUAGGGUCGCAAAUUUAACCGUCCCAAUGUGAACACCAUGACCGUCAAAAUUUGACCGGAGCGGUGUGAACGCAAUAACCGCCUAAAAGUUUGUACGGCAAAGGCGCAAUUGCAUGGAUGCGUGGUAACUUAGCUGGGAGAUGCCAUUUUGGAUUUGCUAAGAAGUAACCUGCGCAUGAGCAGAUGGUAAAUCUUUUGACAAAAGUUAAAAUUCAACCUUGUUCGUCAGUUUCGUGAGUGAUCAGAGCAAAAAUAUUGAAUGGUUCCGGUGCCAUGGAAAGGUUAGCCUGCAGAGCAGGCGUUUUUUAACGAAAACUCGGAGGUACAUUGAUCGUGGCCGCCAUCUACCUCUCCCUUAAAAACACUUUUUGACUCGUCCCAACUCUCUGGUAGUAUUAACGUCCAAGAUGGCGGGACAACGUCAUUCCUGAAAACAAUUCAUGGAUCCCGCCCCAAAAUACGCCUGCUUUGCAGGCUAUGUGAAGGUAAACUUACCGCUAGAUCUUCUAUAAGCCAGGAGCCUAUGACUCGUGCUUUCGGCUGAAUGCAAGUAGAUCUGGUCGACUCUCCAUGACUCUCAAACAUUCUCGGCUCAGAAUUGUGUCAAAGACAGUAUACAUGGAUGGGAAAGGUUAUUGGACUGAGAUAGACCCAGAAAGGCAAUUCAACAUUUCAUAUAAUAUUUCACUAAAUUUCGUGUCUUUGUUCGCAACUUAAUAUUAACAGUGGUGCUUAUCUUAAUAGAUCAUCUACAUUGGUGGAAAUCCCUACUUCAGUAACAUCCGGGACUGUCUAAACGCUCAUUUUAGCGGAAAUGAUGGACUUCCCAUCGGCAGAUAUUUGAGUGGUCCAGGAAAACGACGAUGGAGAAAUAUCGCAGUCCGGUGGCUUACUUGUCUGAACCCACCUGAAAUCGUGUAUUAUUUAUUAGAAGAUUAUCAAAUCAGGCACGGACGUUUACCAAUUUACAACAAUGCGCCUAACCCAGACGCGAGGGACUGGGACUCAGACUGA